AUGGGGAACAGCCACUGCGUCCCUCAGGCCCCUAGGAGGCUCCGGGCCUCCUUUUCCAGAAAGCCCUCGCUGAAGGGAAAUAGAGAGGAUGGCGCACGGAAGCUGGCUGGCCUGUUUGGCACCGAGGCUGGUGCGGACGGGAACACCGCUGCUGACAAGAUCUUCCACUACAUCCCAGGGACGUAUGGUGAGACUGUGGGCCAAGGCUGCUGGUCACCAGUCAGGCCGCCUCCCCUGAGCUCUUCCCCCACCCUAGAACAUCCCAGGCUUGCAGAGCCAACAAGAAAUCCUGGAGCAGCCUUUCCUGAGUGUGUUCAAGGAGGGGCGGCGAAGGGCAGCAGUGAGGAGUCUGGGCAAGGUUGUGCACUACGCCAAGGUCCAGCUGCGUUUCCAGCACAGCCAGAAUGUCAGCGACUGCUACCUGGAGCUGUUCCCCUCCCACCUCUACUUCCAGGCCCAUGGUCCCGAAGGACUCACUUUCCAGGCCCGCUGCCCGCCCCACUUCUCGUGCUCUGCCCCAGCCAGGCCGAGCUGGACCACUGGCUCUACCACCUGGAGAAGCAGAUAGCCCUCGUGGGAGGGGUGCCUCGCUGCCCCCCAGAGCCCCUGCAGGGCCCCGCUGAGGACGCGCUCCCCCGGACUCUGCAGCGCAGGCUAACCCGGCUGCGGACAGCAUCAGGGCGCCAGGUGAUGGGCAGUGCCAUCUGUGCCUCAAGGGUCAAGCUGCAGCAUCUGCCCUUACAGGAGCAGUGGGACCGGCUUCUUGUCCUGUACCCAACCUCCCUGGCCAUCUUCUCCGAGGAAGCAGAUGGGCUUUGCUUUAAGGGGGAGCUCCCGCUCAGCGCCAUCCACAUCAACCUGGAAGAGAGGGAGAAGCAGAUCCGCUCUUUCCUGAUUGAAGGCCGUCUCAUCAACACCAUCCGUGUGGUGUGUGCCAGCUAUGAGGACUACAGCCACUGGCUGCUCUGCCUGCAGACAGUCUGCCACGGGGACAGGGCCUCCCCACCACCCGGCCCUGAGAGCCUCCCGGGGCUGCGGGCAUCCACACAGGUUGUCGUCAGUGGCCGAGGCUCACUCUCCUCUGAUGCACGGACCAGCUGGGACUCAGGGUGCCCGGCACCCCCCUCCACUUGCACCAGCCACUCCCUCCCUGAGUCCUCAGCAGCAUCCACUGCAGGCUGCCCGGCCCGGCCCCCACCGGAGCAAACCAACCCUGGCUGCACCAGCGUCGGUGGGCACAGGGCAAAGCUGAGACGGGGCGGCAGCAGCCGAUCACCCAGGAACAAGGCCCGGGCUGAGAAGCCUGGCCCAGCCACCCUGCUACACCUGGAUCUGACCAAGUUGAGCCUGGACAGCAGCCCUGAGGCCCCAGACCAUUCUCUGGAGACACCCCACUCCCCGCUCUACGCUGACCCCUACACACCACCUGCCACCUCCCACUGCAAGAUCACAGACGUCCAGAGCCUGGAUGAGUUCCUCAGCGUGAUGCAGAGCUCGCUUGGACCUGAGCCCUCCAGCCCGUUCCGCUCGGUCCCCGUGUCCAUGCCUGUCUCUGACUCCAGCUGUGGACUCUCCCGCCCCCACUUCCUCUCUGAGAAGGCAGCCCCGCAGGCCCGAGCUUCUCGGCACCAUCGUGCCUCCAGCAAGGGCUGGGGGCCCCGGCCCCCAGACUCCCCUCGGCGUGUCUCCCCUGAGAAAGAAGCUUCGCCUGACCCCUCACCACCUCCUCCAGAUGGCUGCCCCCCCAGGGGCUACAGCAGUGUCCAGGACGAAGUUCUGUCACCCUCCCAGCGGCAGGGGCCUCGAGGAGCACCAGAGCCUGAACGGGGGCUCAUCCAGUGGAUCUGAUGGCCCCCAGCAGCUGCUUCUGGGGAUCACCUGCCUGUAUCAACCCUGGAGGAGGGGCCGCAAUAGGACCUGGGACUUGUCUGUGGGGCCACAGGCAGUGUUGAGUCUGGGUCUGACCCCAGCAGGUGGAGGGAGCCUCAAGAACCCUGAGUUACCCUGGGCUCUGGACACCUUGGCCAAGGUGACAGGACACCCAGAGGGGCCACACCUCAGCCUGCCUCUCAGGGAAGGAAUGAGGGAGGGGACGUGGGGCAGCAGCUUCACCUGGAAGAAGGAUGGCACAAGCAUAAAGGUCGGAGGGCUGAGAAAGUCAGGUUAGCGAGGGUCAGAGUAUGUGAAAUCAGAGGACACAGGAGUCGGAGGUCAGAAAGGUCUGAGACAUGAUGAGCAGAGGGAGGAGGGUGGUCUGGGUGUGUGUGAGUGGGAUGAACUGGUCGGGAGAAACUGGCAAGAGACCAAACAGGAAGGAAAGAGGAGGUUUUA